CUUCCAAGGCGCGCUGGACGACGCCCUGCUGGCCAUGGACCGCCAGGCGCAGGAGCAGCGCGACCAGCAGGACCCGCUGCCGACCCCGGCCGGCGCCGUGACGACAGCGUCGGACGCGCUGUGGCGGGAGGCGGAGCUGGAGGACGCGCUGGUGCUGGCGAGCCGCCUCAGCUCGCGGCGCGAGGACCCGCAGGGCGGGCUGCUUAUCGGCGACCCGCGCGGCCAGCGCGUCGAGGGGCUCAAGGCGGACAUCCGCCACGCGCUCGGCCCCGCCGUGGGCCGCGUCAUGCGGCGCGACCUGCUCCGGGCCAUGCUGCGCCACAAGGGCGUCAACCCCAAGCGCCUCGUACGUUGGAUACCACGGAGAAACCGCGCGGAGAACGGACUGGGAACCUCGUGGGACACCCACGGUAUCCCGCGGGUGUCGCGCGAGAUUUUCGGCCGUUCCCCCAGGGUGUGAGUUUUUGACCAGUGCAUAUGGCCCGCAGACGGCGGGCCAACGGCUGAGCUGGGUCACCAUCUCCAGCCUGCACGAAACCCAGAAGCCGCUGGACCCGGAGACGCCCCUGCCGCUACCGCUCGUGUGGGGAGCGUCGCCCUUCACAGGGCGCGCGUCGGACACGGAGGAGGCAGAGAGCGACGAGAGCGACGAUGAGGAGGAGGAGGCUCAGGAGGGCGUGGGUGAGAAGAAGGAGAGCGACGCGGGGAAGGGACAGGACGGCGAGAAGGCCGCGAUGGCCGAGGGGGAGACGCGGGGCGAUGAGAACGAAGGGGCGGAAGCUGAGGCGGUCGAGAGUGAGGCCCCGAAAGACGCGGUGGACCACUCGGACGAUCAGGCAGGCGAGCCCAGGCAGAGCGAGGCCAAGGGCAGCGAAGGAGACGCCAAGGACAAGAAGAGGCCCACCAACGCGGCGGACGGGGAGACGCGGCGAUGGGGCUGGCUGAAGCAGAUACCGGGCCACGACCACAUCUGCGCCGACCCGCUGGUGGCCGCGCAGGCGGAUAGCAUAGCCGAGCUGAGGGUCCUGGGCCAGCUCGAGAGGGACCGCGGGUACCUCCGGAAGCUACUCGGCGAGCUGGAGUCUGUG